AUGACCGCACAGGUUGCCAUCGAGAGCUGGCAGACGUUGCUGAACAAUAGCCUUGCCUCGAGGCUUGACCCUGAACCUUUCACUGACUACAUUCGCAUCCUAUCCUCGAGAAAUCCACUACCGUCUUCCUAUAUAUGCGAGAUAUUCCUACGGCCCGACAAAUAUAAUGAUACUGUUAUCGAUCCACGAGUAUUACGUUAUGUACAAAUAUUGUUAGCGGAGGGAUUGGUUGAUUGCGCCGGGAUUCUUCGAGGUCUACUAAAAUAUUCCUCGCUUUGGAGUUAUAGGCAAGAUGGGCACAUGCAAAACGAAGCCAAUAAUGGUGUGGAGAAGGAUAAAAGAGUGAAGGAAGGGAAUAAGAGGUGGAAAAAAUCAUAUUCUGCCGAAGAGAUGAUGUUGUACCGGCUUGCGAAAACAGUUUCUACUGGUGUAAGGCCUAAGAAUGUUCAAGAAGCAGUCGAUUUACUGGUGGUAUCUGUUCAAUGGAUGGAUAUGGUUGCUGUGGGUAUGGGACAAGGGGCGCACGAAAUAUUGGAUCUGGAGGCACAUGUCGAGGAGAUCGGGAUGGUGGGCAUGGCUUUGGGAACUCUGAUGGUUGCCGUGGUUGGGAAUGCAAAGAUUCUAGGAGUUCUAGAAAAGGGUCGCUGCCCAAAAGGGACCGGAAUGGACCUCGGAAAAGCUAUGGCUGGGUUUGUUCCUCUGUUACUCCAGAGCUCCCCGCAGAAUGCACAGCGGUUAGAUGUUUUCCGAAACCAGACUCUGAUCACGAUUCUACCGGUCGACAAGAAAGAGCGAGCUGCCGAUGCCGAGAUUAAUGAGAUCUUAGAUUCCACAAUUGGGAUGAACAUUGACAGCAUCGUGAUUGACGAUUUGCCAGUUGUCAACUCUCGAGCUGGUCUUUACAUCUAUUUGAAUUCUCUUCUUGUUGGUAGACCUCUUAUUGACGAUGACGCGAUUUUUGCCUAUUUACACAAUAGAUAUCAGGGAGAUGUCCAAUCGACGACAGUAGAUCUUAUACUUGCAUCGUUUGAUGUCUUGGCCAAUGCAACCUUUCGAAACGAAGGGCAACAAACGACAACUAUACUACGAUCAUUUUUGAUCAAUAAGGUUCCCUUGCUCGUUUCAACGCUUGCAGCAUCCUUUUUUCCACCUCUCACUUCAGAAUUUUGUAUCACCGAAGCUUUAAGUCAUGUUGAUACUAAUGCGUUUCCUACGCUUUCUACUCUAUUUCAAGAGUCGAGUAACAACGACAUGUUUUCAGAUUCUGUCAGACAAGACUUCUGUUUCGCUUGCUGUUUACAUGGCUUGAUCCCAGAAUCGAGUAUCGAAACACUACUUGGCGAUAUACCUAUGCAAAGUCUACCUGCUGGAGGAAGGUAUUCUAAGCAGAAUCUCGUCCAGCAAUGUUUAUCUGACUCAGAACGAGCCGAGGGGCUGAUUUCAGAGUUGGAAAACAUGGAUGGAAAUGCUGGUGCUGUUAGUCAAGCAAUUGUAGAGGUCAUCAAACACAUGUGCGGCAACAAAGAAACAAUGACAUUAAAGACCUUGUGUAGUCAACUAGCACGUAAUCCAUCAUCUUUGGAUAUCAUGCUUCUAUUUAAUGAGCCUACAUCGUUUCUGCAGCCUAUCUGCGAGCUACUUGAUAACUGGCGUUAUGAUGAAGACCAGGGAGAAUAUCAACCUGUUUACGAAGAGUUUGGAUCGAUAUUACUUCUUGUUGUGUCGUUUACACAUCGCUACAACCUUUCAACUGUUGACUUGGGAAUCAAAAGCCCGGCGGAGUCAUUCGUAGCAAAGCUACUUGUUCAAGGUCAUCUGAGUCGAGCUUUGGAGCCAUUAGCAGAGCAAGACCAAAAUCAUUUGGAUGGUUGGAUCAGAGGGCUAUUUGAGCCAGAAGAAGGGGGCGGACUUGGUGAUGAUCUGAUGUCAUCUUGUCCACCACAAGAGUUCUACCUUUUGGUGCCCACUUUGUUUCACCAUAUCGUUCUCGCACUCAGUACGGAGACUCUUUCGGAAGAUGGUUUAAAAGGUGGCCUGGAAUUUAUGGUCGAACCCUUUCUACUACCUUCUCUGAUACCGGGCAUCACAUGGCUCUCGGCUCAUCUCUGGGAGGCACGUCCUCAAGCCACUUACAUUCUUCAGAUUCUGUCGGCUCUAAUCAAAAAUCCCCCGUCCAUUUCGAACAACAUGGAAGCGUCCCACCUGCUCAACUCAAUCCUCAAGAUCGUGGCCAAGAAUCUUGAGCAAAGUCUUCGAUGGCUGCAACGGGCGGAACCCCAACGUCAUGACAUCGAACCAGUAUCAAAAGCACUGGAGUCAAAUCUAGGUUGGGAACGAAGAGGUGCUAGUAAGCACACCGAGUUAGAAUCAUGGACGGCAACAGCUGGGGGUGGACUGGCUGCUAGUAUCAAACAAACUAUUGCUACCCUCGUUCAAUGCGGCCUUCAAUGGGGCCGCAACCCUGGUAUGCAUAUCAUGCCAGCAUCAUAUACACAUCGACAGAUUUUGACCGGAAUGAAAAUGCUCGGUGCAAAAAGGUUACUGAGUACUAUUGUUGACGAAGUGAAAACACAAACCGAAGCGGGUAAUGGAAGCGUAGUAUUUGACAUCGCCAUUUCGUUGAUCUGCGCUCCAGACGCUACAAGUUUUGUCUCGAGCCCAGGAAUAGAUAUUUUGAGUGGCAACGCACCACAGCCGCUCCAACGUCGAUUGACUUUGAGGGAAGCUUUGAAGGCAGAAGCAAAAAACAUGCCGAGAGUUCUCAAGACUGAUACUUUUCAUGCGGAGACUGUCAUCAGGUUAUAUAGGAGAGUUGAAGCACAACUAGCCAUCCAACAACAAUUACUACAGCAUGAUGACGGUCUGGGUGCUUUGAAUGAAGUUAUGGGAGAUGCAGGUUUAGGACCAGCCGAUCAACCAAGUCUCAGUAUUGAUGACAUGGGCGCCGGUGGUGAGGAGUUGAUGAUGAUGGGUGGAAGCGGCCAUAGUGGCGAUCUACUGGAUGCUUUUGGGGGUGAUGGUCUGGGAGAUGGAAUGGGAUUUUAG